AUGGUGCUAUGUGAAUGCGGGAAAGAAGCUGUAAUUGUGACAUCUUGGACUAAUCGCAAUCCUGGCCGUCGUUUCUAUGCAUGUCCUGAUCAGGGCUCGGAUUGUCGAUUCAUUGGUUGGGUUGAUACAAGGUGUCAAAGGUGUGUUGACAUCAUACCUGGACUGCUUAGGGGAAAGAACCAUGCUGAAGAACAGAAGAACAAGCUUGAGGUCAGAGUCAAAGAAAGUGAAGAAGAGGUUAUGAAACUGAAGAAGUGGUUGAUUAUCAGUUGGAUAUGUUUCAUUUGUUAUAUAGUGUAUUUCUAG